CCUGUGGCGAUCAGGUUGCGUCAGCUGCGACGCUGACGUGGCUCCCGGAAGUGGGGCUGGCGCAGGGCCGUCAUGUUGCAGCAGGACAGUAAUGAUGACACCGAGGAUGUUUCCCUGUUUGAUGCAGAAGAGGAGACAGCUAACAGACCAAAAAAAUCCAAGAUCAGACACCCAGUGGCAUCAUUUUUCCAUUUAUUCUUUCGAGUCAGUGCAAUUGUAGUCUAUCUUCUCUGUGAAUUGUUCAGCAGCAGCUUUAUUGCCUGUAUGGUGACAAUUAUCUUGUUGUUGUCAUGUGACUUUUGGGCAGUCAAGAAUGUCACAGGUAGACUCAUGGUUGGUCUGCGUUGGUGGAAUCAUAUAGAUGAAGAUGGAAAAAGCCACUGGGUGUUUGAGUCCAGGAAGGCAUCUGCUCAAGAGAGUAAAACUGUUUCCGAGGCUGAAUCAAGAAUCUUUUGGUUGGGACUUAUUGCCUGUCCAGUGCUGUGGGUAAUAUUUGCCUUUAGUGCACUCUUCUCCUUCAGAGUGAAGUGGUUGGCAGUGGUUAUCAUGGGUGUGGUGCUACAAGGUGCCAACCUAUAUGGUUACAUCAGGUGCAAAGUGGGCAGCAGGAAGAAUUUAACCAACAUGGCUACAUCUUAUCUCGGAAAGCAGUUUUUAAAACAAAACACCGGAGAUGAGCAGACUUCCUGAAGAGAGUGAGAGCAAGUUCACGUGUCCUGUUGUACUGGGGAACAGCUGAAGAGAUUCUUGACUCUGAGGCUUUUGGAACUCAGUACAUGUUGCAAAGAGGAGUGUUGGGUUUGUUUUUCCGGUUUAAAAUUUACUUUAAAAAAAUGGAAAGUUUAGUUUUCAUAUCAAGUUUUUAUUCUCUUUCUAGCACUUUGGGGCUUGAAAGUAUGGUGUGGCCAGGAACAUUGUCAGAAUUGGUUCCUGGCUUAUACAUGUAUGCACAUAGUCCUGUAAUGUCCAUAUACCCUAAAUUACUGAAAGUGCGUUCGUGUACGUACGUAAUGGAGACCUUUGCAUUUGGAUCUGUAGAAUAUAGGAGGAUGUUCUCGGUCUGUCUCAGAAAUCUAGGUGUGUACAUAUUAUUUCUGUAGAUUAUUGUCAGAAGAAAGUUUUGCUUCCAUGGGAAGAGUGAGCACUUUGGCCUAUGUGUAAGUUAGAAAUAAUUGUUAAUUUUACAACUUAAUGAAUACUUUGUGAUGAAACGUCUUAUCUUAGUCACUCACAGGCAGGUAAAAAACAAAUUUGGGCCAAUGGUUAACUAGUUUGUAAAUUUUAUUUUUAUUCGUAAUAACUCAUGUCCUUAAGGCCCAGCUAAUGUAAAUGGAAUUUUCAUAGUUUAUGGUUAGGGGAUUCCUUAGAGAUUGCUGCUGUUCUAUUUAUUUUUUGGAAGGGAAAGUCAGAUUUUACUUUAGAACUCCUAGAAGCUCUUCAGUGGGCCUUGGCCUAAUGAAAUCUAUCUUUUAUCACUAAAAGAGUAUUAUUCUUAUGUCAUAGUGAGAAUGAUCAUUUAAAUACUUGGCAUAAUAAAUGCCUAAAAGACAUUUUAUUGUAUGAAUCUAUUUUUUUUUCUUGCUAUAAUGGGGAUAUUGUAAAUCAUGCCUUUGUAUUAAUGGUAUUUCUUAAAGCAAUAUAUGUCACCAAUCUACAAGUGGUUGUAGGAGUCUAUAAAUUCUGUUGUAGGUUCUGUAAACUUUGUUGGUGUCUUUUAACCAGCAGAUUAUUUUGUGGAAUGUAUUUAUACAUUGUUAAAAAUUUUAAAAAGAUGUUUAAUUGAAUAAGUGUCUUUAUUGGAGUGAUAGCUUUUGAAGGUGCAUAAUUUUAUAUUUGUAUAAAACCCUACCGUUUACAAAGCACUUCAACAUGUGUAAUUUCCUUUCAUCCUCACGACAAACUGGUUAUGUGUGAUAUGUGUUUACAGCUGAUGAAACUGGCUUUUAGGUUUAUUGAGUGCUUUGUCCAAGGAAACACAGAUUACGGGAAGACCCGCCAGGAUAUAUUAUGGUUUUUAGAGGAAAUAUUUGUCUCUGAAUAUCUUUUGCUUUCUUAGGGAUCAUUAAUUUACUAAGUGUUUCUUUGCCCUUUUGCUUAUACUCAUCUGGUGAGGCAGUCGAUACUGCCUAAAGACGUGUGUUGAAUCGGAAAGCUCUAAAUUAAAUCUUUAG